CCCCUCUUUUGUGUGUGUUAUUGUUGUUUUCGCAAGGGUCGGCACAGCAAAGGGGAUGCUUUCCUUUGCGGCAGCGGAAGGGGAAGUAUGGAUACCCACAAGGUGUCUGAGUUGAAAGCCUUCGUAACCAGCUGCAGGUCCGACCCUUCCAUUCUCCACCAUCCUUCUCUCGCCUUCUUCCGAGACUAUCUCCAAAGCCUUGGCGCUCGUCUUCCCCCCCAAGCGAUGUCGAAAAAUCCUAUGAAGGGUGAAAAUGAUGAUGAGAUGACAAAAGCUGCACCAGAUUCUGUAGACAAGAAGCCUUACCAGAAGCCCGAAGAUGCUGCCAUUGAGGAUGAAAUUAUCGAGUCAGAUAUGGAGCUGGAUGGUGAGCUGGUGGAACCUGACAAUGGUCCUCCACAAAAGAUGGGAGAUCCAUCAACUGAAGUUUCCGAGGAGAGUCGUGAUGUUGCUCAGAUGUGCAAAGCAAAGGCUAUGAAUGCAAUGUCAGAAGGUAAGUUGGAUGAAUCAAUUGAGUUUCUUACGGAAGCGAUCUUGUUGAACCCAAGUUCAGCUAUCUUAUACGCCACUAGAGCUAGUGUUUUUGUCAAGCUGCAUAAGCCAAAUGCUGCUAUACGUGAUUCGGAUGCAGCUUUGCAGAUAAAUCCUGACUCUGCCAAAGGAUACAAAUAUAGAGGAAUGGCAAAAGCUAUGUUAGGCCAGUGGGAAGAAGCUGCAAGUGACCUGCAUGUGGCAUCAAAACUUGAUUAUGAUGAGGAGAUAAAUUCAGUGCUUAAAAAGGUUGAGCCUAAUGCACACAAAAUCGAGGAACAUCGCAGAAAAUAUGAGCGCUUGAGGAAAGAGAGAGAAGCACAAAAAAUUGAACGUGAAAGGCAACGCCAGCGUGCUGAAGCUAACGCUGUAUAUGAGAUGGGGAAAAAGGAGUCAACUUCAGAAAAUAAAGCAUUUCAGGAUGCUGAGCCAAAAGACCCCGAUUCUCUUGCUGCUCUACAGGAUGGAAGUGUUAUAAGCAUUCACUCUUCGAACGAACUGCAAACGAAAAUGACGGCGGCAGUGCGCUUGAGUAGAUUAGUCAUUCUAUAUUUUACUGCAACAUGGUGCGGGCCCUGCCGCUUCAUGGCACCCAUUUACAAAGCCUUAGCAGAGAAGCACCGCAACAUUGUGUUUCUGAAAGUCGAUAUAGAUGAACUCGGGAACGAUGCUCAUCGCUGGAAUGUCAACAGUGUACCAACUUUUUUCUUUGUGAAAGAUGGGAAAGAAGUCGACAAAGUUGUUGGGGCUGAUAAGAGCGGCCUCGAGAGGAAGAUUGCAAUGCAUGCAGCGAAGCCAUGAAUAAAACAUGGAGUUAUCUAGAGGUUUGUUCUCGUAUAUGAUAUGCCAGUAAUAGGCAAUAAUAUCAUGUGGAUAUCUAAUCCUGCCACUAAAUACUACUCCUACUGUGAGAAAUAGAUUUGCAUGGUAUGUUCUUAUAUGAAGAAUAUAAACUGCACUUGCUGUUUGAUUGAUGAAUAAAUGUGUGGAAGAUUGCAACUUAA